GAACUGCAGCAGCUUCUGCAGAGCCCAGAGAGGGAAAAGCAAAAUAUUAAUUUGCUGAAUAAAUAUUCUAUGACACUGUCUAGUGUCUGGCAACACACUAUGGAAAAGUCUGAGUCUUUGUCUGCUUCUAAUGCUUGUCUGCAUAAGAGAACAGGAGUCUACUACAGCUUUCAGGAAUUGUCAAGCACAAGGAGAAAAGGUUUCCUGAUGGAACAUGCGGCCCCUUUCUCUGCUUUCCUGACUGACCGCUUUGGACGUCAGCACAACUACUUGCGGAUCUCCCUGACUGAGAAAUGCAACCUCAGAUGUCAGUACUGUAUGCCAGAGGAGGGUGUUCAUCUGACUCCCAAAUCCGAGCUGCUUACUACUCACGAGAUUAUCACCCUUGCCAGACUCUUCGUAAAGGAAGGCGUGGAUAAGAUUCGACUAACUGGUGGAGAACCACUCAUCCGGCCUGAUGUGGUUGAUAUUGUGGCUCAACUGUACAAGAUAGAAGGGAUAAAAACCAUUGCUGUCACAACAAAUGGGAUUAACUUGGCCAGGCUGCUGCCCCGGCUGAAGGAGGCUGGUCUGGAUGCCAUUAACAUCAGCUUGGAUACUCUGGUUCCAGCCAAAUUUGAGUUCAUUGUCCGGAGGAAAGGCUUUCACAAGGUAAUGGAAGGAAUUCACAAAGCCAUUGAACUUGGGUACAAUCCAGUCAAGGUGAACUGCGUAGUGAUGAGAGGUCUCAAUGAAGAUGAGCUGCUGGACUUUGUGGACCUCACAAAGAAUCUGCCUCUAGAUGUACGGUUCAUAGAGUACAUGCCCUUUGAUGGCAACAAGUGGAACUUUAAGAAGAUGGUGAGCUAUAAGGAGAUGUUGGAUACAAUCAAGCAGAGGUGGCCUGAGUUGGAGAAACUGCCCUGUGAGGCCUCCAGCACAGCAAAGGCUUACAAGGUGCCAGAUUUCCAGGGACAGGUUAGCUUUAUCACCUCCAUGUCAGAGCACUUCUGUGGAACCUGCAGUCGAUUGAGGAUAACAGCAGAUGGGAACCUGAAGGUGUGCCUUUUUGGGAACUCGGAAGUGUCCUUGAGAGAUCAUCUGCGGGUAGGCUCCUCGGAGGAUGAAUUGGUUGAGAUCAUUGGAGCAGCAGUGGGCAGAAAAAAGAAACAGCAUGCUGGCAUGUUUAACAUUUCCCAAAUGAAGAACCGACCAAUGAUCCUGAUCGAGAAAGCAUUGAGUCCAUCCCUACUACUCCGAGUUGCCCUGCAGAAUCCCCCCAGUUCAAAGCAAUGGGGCCACAGCAGACAUAGCCACUGGCUGACUCCAAGAGUAAGUUUAUUAAAACAGAUGGAAAAAGCAUUUAAGAAAAAUGUGUUUACAGGACAGCUUGCCUUGCCAGCAUCUCACCCAGAGCAACAGCAGCUUGUGGCAGGAAUUCAGCAAGCUCAGCUGAGAGGCAGUUGCAUUGUCCGAAGGAACUUGAGCUCCAGCUUAAACAUGAAGUGCCUUAGGACAGAAACUCCUUCUAUUAAGCACACUGGCCAAAUUGUUGUGGACAGUCACUCCAGAGGUCCUGCCAGAAAUCAGUCAGAAGAGAAGGGUCCAGGGUCUGAAGCCAAUACCCGUCAUUCUGGUUUUUGUGCUAGCGUACCAGGUGCCUCUGAUCAUCUGACUCACACUGACCAGGAAGGACGGGCUGCUAUGGUAGAUGUUGGAGGGAAGCUAGAUUCCAAAAGGACUGCAGUGGCCACUGCUGUGGUUCGACUGGGUCAGAAGGCAUUUGGGAUGGUGGUUCAGAACCAGCUGAAGAAAGGAGAUGUGCUAGCAGUAGCCCAAAUUGCAGGGAUUCAAGGAGCCAAGCUGACCAGCCAGCUGAUCCCAUUGUGCCACAACAUCCCACUAAACCUUGUGGAAGUCUCUCUCAGCCUGGAUGAGAGCAGGUAUGCAGUGGUGAUCCAGACACGCUGCUGCACCCAAGGGAAGACGGGUGUGGAAAUGGAAGCCCUGACAGCUGCCAGCCUGGCUGCCCUGACUGUGUAUGAUAUGUGCAAAGCAGUCACUCAUGAUAUAGUCAUUGAAGAAGUGAAGUUGUUGAGCAAGACAGGAGGGCAGAGGGGAGACUUCCAGCGAGCUUAGUCCAUAGGCAUUGGAUAACACCACUGGGAGGUCUGGGCCUCUGUGCCUACCUGCACUAGGCUUGGCAAAAAUGCCAGCAGACACCACCUGAAAGACGUAACUUCAUCUCUGUAUUGCCUAAUCAUCUCAGUGACAAGCUGGGAAUUAUGGAACUACUAUCUUUUUGCCUCAAUGAAUUGGUUUUGAGUUUGGUUUUCAGUUGAGAGCUUGACAGCCAGGUUUAAGAGGUUUCCAGGUCAGACCACAACCAGAUUUUGGCACUCCUGCUGAUUCUGCCAGCAGGGAUGCCAAGAAUCCAGUUAGGUUUUGGAGACUGAGCUUUACUCUCACUGCUCUCAAGUAUCAGGGAAGCUUGCAUGCUUCCUGUAAUCAAGCUAUGUGUAUAUUCACAUCUCCAGGGCUCACUAUCUUGGCACUUUUCUUCAAUGCUAAAUUCACUUGACAAAUUUAAUAUUAU